GCUACAUUUCCUUUUAUCGUUCAAGAUGGCGGGCGACGAGACUGGUAUAACGCUGGGUCAACCUCAUCUUUCCAAACAAGAUCUAAACACUUUGGAUGUAACUAAACUGACCCCCCUCUCUCCAGAGAUCAUCAGCAGACAGGCCACCAUCAACAUUGGCACUAUCGGCCACGUAGCCCAUGGGAAGUCCACAGUGGUGAAGGCCAUCUCGGGCGUGCACACUGUCAGGUUCAAGAAUGAGCUGGAGAGGAACAUUACCAUCAAGCUAGGCUAUGCUAAUGCUAAGGUGUACAUGUUGGACGACCUCAGCUGUCCCAGGCCAGAGUGCUACAGGUCAUGUGGCAGCAGCACGCCAGACGAGUUCCCCACAGACAUCUCCGGCACCAAGGGCAACUUCAAGCUGGUCAGACAUGUGUCCUUCGUGGACUGUCCCGGUCACGACAUUUUGAUGGCCACCAUGUUAAACGGAGCAGCUGUCAUGGACGCUGCUCUCCUGCUGAUCGCGGGUAAUGAGUCCUGUCCCCAGCCGCAGACUUCAGAGCAUCUGGCGGCCAUAGAGAUCAUGAAGCUGAAGCACAUCCUGAUCCUGCAGAACAAAAUUGACCUGGUGAAGGAAAGCCAGGCCAAGGAGCAGUAUGAGCAGAUCCUCGCAUUCGUACAGGGUACGGUCGCAGAGGGUGCUCCCAUCAUUCCAAUCUCAGCCCAGCUCAAAUAUAACAUCGAGGUAGUGUGUGAGUACAUCGUCAAAAAGAUCCCGGUCCCCAUCAGAGACUUCACCUCCGAACCCAGACUCAUUGUCAUCAGAUCGUUUGACGUGAACAAGCCGGGCUGUGAGGUGGACGACCUGAAAGGAGGCGUGGCGGGAGGCAGUAUUCUGAAGGGUGUGCUCAAGGUGGGUCAGGAGCUGGAGGUUCGCCCCGGCAUUGUGUCCAAAGACCAGGAAGGAAAGCUGAUGUGCAAGCCCAUUUUCUCCAAGAUCGUCUCUCUGUUUGCGGAGCAUAAUGACUUGCAGUACGCUGCCCCCGGAGGCCUUAUCGGUGUGGGCACUAAGAUUGACCCAACGCUGUGCAGAGCGGACCGUAUGGUCGGUCAGGUGCUGGGCGCGGUGGGAGCACUGCCAGAGAUCUUCACAGAGCUGGAAAUCUCCUACUUCCUGCUGCGGAGGCUGCUGGGAGUUCGCACAGAGGGAGACAAGAAGGCUGCCAAGGUCCAGAAGCUGUCAAAGAACGAGGUGUUGAUGGUGAACAUCGGCUCAUUGUCAACAGGAGGCCGAGUGAGCGCUGUCAAGGCUGAUCUGGCCAAGAUCGUUCUGACAAAUCCUGUCUGCACCGAGGUCGGAGAGAAGAUCGCCUUAAGUCGUCGUGUGGAGAAACACUGGCGUCUGAUUGGCUGGGGCCAGAUCAGAAGGGGUGUGACCAUACCCCCCACGGUGGACGAUGAUUGAUAGGAACAAACAAGGAAGUUUGUGUCGCUGUGAUGAUGCACCAACCACCAGGACAACGCAACCGUCUCAAAUUUUUUUCAUAAAAAACGAUGAGAAGCGGGGAGGAGUAACAGAGGGGAUGUCUCAAUAGUUGCCAAGAUGCCUCCUCUCUCUGUACAGUUCUGAGGACAGCUGAAAGCAGACACAAGCUUCAGCAGUACUGCUGUCAUCUGCCCUCUUGAUUUACUGUAGAGGAAGGAGGGAAAUUGAGAAGAGGAGCUCUCUUGACACUAUUGACAUAUCCCGGUCCGGAGAUGGAUAUCUGUACCAUUUCAGUUAUCAAGCAUACAGAGCUCCAAUGAAUUGCAAAGGGAUAUUUAAUGCCUGUGUUUAAACAUCCAACUCUCCUAUAUGAUGAACGUUGAUGGGGAUCACUACGUUUAGAAUAAGCCGCAGGUCUGUUCAACAUGAAACAGCAGAGGGGGGGGGGCAGUGCAGACGUCACUGUGCUGUCUGCAGCUUUCAACCGAAAUCAAAUAAAAAGAGUUUGGAACAAAC